AUGGUCUCACCUCGCGUUGAGGACGAUGAACGCUCAUUACGAAAGACACGAUCCCUGCAUUCGUUGGCGUCGGCAGCAAUGCCACCACCUGUACACUUUAAAUCGCUCAAAGUAUCAGAGGAACAAUUACGGUGUAUCAAGAAAAAGUCUGUACGCAAGUUUUACGAGCAUCAAAAUGAUAUGAUCAAUCGCUUUAUGGAAGUGGAUCGCGUGGUCAGUGAAUUGAAGCAAGGUAUCCAUGGACACAACGAUUAUGCAAAUGCCCUGUCACCUGUACCACCGCCGCCAAUCAUGAUUGAUGAGGAACAUGCUCUUCCCACUGGUGGCAUGGAUGAAACAACACGGCUACUUGAUGAUGGACGUGGUGCAUCACAACAACAGCAACAACAGGAAAAGGGGACAUCACGACCAUGGUUGAUUCAUCUCGCCAUCAACGUAUCAUUCAUUGCCAAUGUGGCUCUCUUUAUUGCAAAAUUCCUUUUGGCUUUAUACUCGGGCUCUAUGGCAAUCCUCGCUUCAGCGUUUGAAUCAUUCCUCGACCUACUCAGCAAUGGGAUUAUCUUCAUUACCGUAAGGAUGAUGCGAAAUCAGGAUUGGUACAGGUACCCAGUUGGAAAGGCUCGUAUGGAACCACUUGGGAUCAUCAUAUUUUCAGUCGUCAUCACCACCUCGUUUUCUCAAGUGCUCAUUACAUCCGUUGAACGUUUGACAGCUGGCGAAAUCGAGACCAUUGAUUUAGAUCCCCUCAGUGUGGCUAUUCUCGUAUCCAACAUACUGGUGAAAGGUGUACUUUGGCUCUGGUGUCGAUCAAUCAAAGGAAGCUCAAGCGUUCAAGCUCUUGCUCAGGAUCAUGAGAAUGACGUUGUAUUCAAUAUUGCAAGCACUGUAUUUCCUGUAGCAGCUGUGUGGGCGAAACAACCAUGGCUUGAUCCAGUGGGUGCCAUUUUAUUGUCGCUGUACAUCAUUUAUGAAUGGAUGGUGCUACUUGUAGAUAAUAUUAGGCGGAUGACAGGGCAUGCUGCUAGCGUCGAUGACCUCAAGCAACUCACGUACAUGGCUUAUCGCUUUUCCAGCAAAGUUCAAGCAGUCGAUACAGUACGUGCAUACUAUGUUGGGGAUCGGCUUUUGGUGGAAGUGGAUAUUGUGUUACCACCAGACUAUCCUUUGAGAGAAGCACACGAUAUUGGCGAGGCAUUACAGGAUGCAUUGGAGUUGAUGGAUAAUGUGGAGCGAGCAUUUGUGCACCUUGAUUACAACCAAGUCCAUGCCAUUGAACACAGAAAAAAGCCGCCACUCUCAAUAGGCAACGUAUAA